CCCCCCCCACCCCCGUAUCAACGGCCGUCUGCAUGCCAAGUUUUCCGAUCCCGAAGAUGCGGUAGUCGCGCUCCUCGCGGCAUCGUCCCCCUUCCUGCACGGUGUUCGGUGUGGUUUUUUUUUCACGGCUGGUCGCGCGCUCGCUCUCGGUAACUUUGGGAUUGCCUCGUCUCUCGGGGUGUCUCGGAUUGCCUGGGCGCCAGAAAGAAGCGGGAGGACCAGAGGCGGAGGAGAGCGGAGGAGAGAAAAGGAGGGGGGGGGGAAGAAGGGAGAGAAGAAGAAGAAGAAAAAAAAAGAAGCCUCCAUGUUUCAGCUGCCCAUCUUGAAUUUCAGCCCGCAGCAGGUCGCCGGGGUCUGCGAGACUCUGGAGGAGAGCGGCGACGUGGAGCGCCUGGGCCGCUUCCUCUGGUCGCUGCCCGUGGCGCCGGCGGCCUGCGAGGUCCUCAACAAGAACGAGUCGGUGCUGAGGGCCAGGGCCGUCGUGGCGUUCCACACGGGCAAUUUCCGCGAGCUCUACCACAUCCUGGAGAACCACAAGUUCACCAAAGAGUCGCACACCAAGCUGCAGGCGCUGUGGCUGGAGGCGCACUACCAGGAGGCGGAGAAGCUGCGCGGCCGCCCGCUGGGGCCGGUGGACAAAUACAGGGUGCGCAAGAAGUUCCCCCUGCCCAGAACCAUAUGGGACGGAGAGCAGAAGACCCACUGCUUCAAGGAGAGGACCCGGCAUUUGCUGAGGGAGUGGUACUUGCAGGAUCCCUACCCGAACCCGAGCAAAAAGCGGGAGCUGGCACAGGCCACCGGACUGACACCCACACAAGUGGGAAACUGGUUCAAAAACCGCAGACAAAGAGACAGAGCGGCGGCUGCCAAGAACAGGUUACAGCAGCAGGUCCUGUCCGGCGGCUCGGUUCGCUCCCUCGCGGACGAGGACGGCACCGUGGACCGUCUGGGGAACUCGUCCAGUCCGGAGGCCAGCCUGUCCAGCAAGGCGGCCGCCUCGGCCAUCUCCAUCACCUCCAGCGACAGCGAAUGUGACAUCUGACGGGCGGACCCGAGAGAGCUGACGGUGGAAAGGGGGAUGCAGUGAAAGACAAUCUAAUAAAACAAGUAAUAGUGCCUGCGUUGAGUUAAAAGAAACACACACACACACACACA